CGGAGCUUGGAACAGGUUAGGGAAGGAAGAGAAAACUCAGGGCGCUGAAUGGAGCACACAGAGUGCCUGCGAGGCCUCCAGGGAUGGUCUGCCAAGUACGGGCUGUGAGAGGACGAGUCGCGCGGCCUUCAGAGCGGGGCGGAGGUGCCUGGUCAGCUGACCCAGAGGACUAAACCCAGAAGCCGGAUCCCGCGGCGGAUCCUAAGGUGGUGAGGGGGCUUGGGGGCUCCCCGCAGGUCACACGACCGGGGUCGGGACUCUUGAGGCUUCCUGCCACGUUUUCCUCCCGCCCCUGCUCUGUCGGGAGUUUCUGUUCCCUCCAGCGGCGAGAGAUUUGGGGACGAGGCGCGGGCUUGCUUGGGGCAGCUUCUUGGGUUCGGGGGCUUUGUCCACCUCGGAGACGGCGAGCAAGGCGGUCAAGCCACCCUGGGCAGGGUUGGGUCCGUGUCCCCUUUCACCUGCUCCUGUGGCCAAUGGCUUCUAGUGGCUUUGUUUUCCUGCGGUAGACCGAGGGAGGGCACUGGCCCAGCGGCUGCCCUGUCAUUAUCCCUCUAAACUGGUGGUGGCCGGAAGGCCUGGUGCAGGUGGAAUCCCCAAGCCGGGACGCCGCCCCGCCACAUUCUCCCCAGGUCUGCCCAAGCCAAGUGUAGGGCAGGGUGCCAAGAGUGCAGGGCUAGUGUGGGUUUAGAUAUGUGAGGACUGGCCAGGGUCAUGGUGGCAAGUCUUGUCCAUUCAACACUUACCAAAGAAUACUGUGUUUCCGAGACCCUGGGGAGGGGAGAGAAGUUACAGCAGGAACUGUCAUAGCCUCCGUGAAUAUUGCUGUGAGUGUUCCCCACUGAAAUCGCGUGGCCUGGGUUAUUUCAGUGAGCCCUGCAUUCAGCCUAGGAGGUAGGCACUUGCAUUAUUUCCCCCGAGUUACAGAUCAGAACGCUGGGGCUCCAUCACUUGCCCAGGAUUUCUAGACCAGCAGCUGGACCAGCAGCUAGACAGACAGAUUCACUUUUCUCCUUAGUCCUAGGCCCUUUGAGCUCAGUUUUCGUCUUCCUUUCCUUUUUCUUGUAAUUUCUUUCACUCUUUUCACUUUCUUUCUCUUCUUCUCUCUCUUUUCUUCCCUGCGGUUGCUCUGUCUCUCAAUAUUUUCUGAACUUUUACUGUGUAGCUUUUACUGGUAAGCCUAGCUGCUGAGACCAGGAAAGGAAUAACCACGGCGAGGGGAGAGGUGGGUGUUCAAAUGGUUGCUGAGGACCUUCAUAAGCCUUCUUCAGGUGUAUAGUCCAGGGAAGGGGAGGAGGUGACAGGUUAGAUACAGCUGGCUUUUUGCAAAACCUCUUGGAGAGGGCCAUUUAGAACUGGGUCAUAGUAUCUCUUUAACCGACCCUGUGUGGAGAAGGACAUUUCUAGGUGGAGAGACAGUGUGUGAAGACACCUGGGAUUCUGAGAUGACUCUUUGCAGACCCGGGGCAGGAGGUAGAGUUAGAAGGUCAGUUCUUGGGUUGCCUUGGGGCCUUGUCUCAAGGAAUGUGGACUCUAUCCAGUAGGCUAAAGUGGACAGUGGGUCUGCUUUGGUGGGAAAUGCCUCUUUGGCUUUGCUUUGAGUCCGGGAGAAGGGUUGGGUGUGGAUGGAGAGGCUCUUUCCAGCUCAGCCUUUCUCAAAGUACAUGGUGUGUGUGUUGGAAUUCUUGAAGAACCCAGAAUCUCUGUCCGCAUCAUUUCUUCCUUACCCCAGUGAGAGAGAAGCCCCAGAAUGGUCCAGGUACUGGGUUUUCGUUCUCAUAACAAUCACUGCCGAGUAUUAAGUCGGACACUGGGCUGAGAGUUUUAGGUGCACUUUGUCAGCACAGCCAUCCAAGGAUGGAGUGUCAUUAGCUCCAUUUUAUAGACAGGCUCCAAUAGGUUAUAUUGCUCACCAAAGCCACUCAACCACAUCUGUGUAUGGGGACAGUGUCCUCUACCCUGCUGGGAAGUUGUAAGGAUGACAGCGUCCAGAUAUGUGAUGGCUGAAUCUACCAGAGGAGGGUGGGGGAAGGCAGUCUGGGGGGGGGGCGAUUGUAUUAAAGGACUUGGUUUGAAAUCCCUUUGGCAUUACAAAGAGGCAGUUCCUAACCUGGACUGUAUUAGUAUAGGGUAGCCUUGCAGCUGACAGUGACAAGGCAUCAGGUAAAUGCUUCCAGCAUCAGCUAUGCUGAUGGUCAUCAAGGAGGGCCACUGAGAUCCAGGAAGAGCCUUUCCACCCCCACUGUGCAGGCUCCCCGUACCACAGUGAGCCAGAUAGACAGUGACCUGGGCCCUAGCUCCCACAGCCAGUCACGUUAGGGCUGAGACUUACAACUUCCUGAGAAAAGGAGCUGACUUGCUUCCUCUCUUCUUCUGAGGCUCCCUGAUCUCUGCGACCUCAGCAGUUCCAUGGGUCCAGCCAGGGCAUUGCUUUAUGAGGAGCAGGGCUUCCAGACAGAAGUGGGAACGAAGGUACAAGAGGGAGCCACCACCUGGGGUGCCCAGGCACUGGGAGGAGGUGUCUCCACUCAGCUGGAUUUUGGCUUGGGAGGUGACUGUGGAUUCCUUCCCAGUAGGCGUCCCACAGGCCAUAAGGAACCCUCGCCAGCCUCAGUGCACCAGUGUCCGCUUUCUCUCCUGUGUGGUCCCCCCAGGCCAGGACCCUCUUUCUGCAGCCAUGCUCUGGAGGAAACUGGGUGCCAGCAACUUCUCCAGCUGUCCCAAUGGCUCCAUCCUGUGGAUAUGGGACGUGUUUCAUGAGUGUGUCCAGGACGGCUGGGACAAGGCCAGCGUGAGCCUGGGCCUGAUCUCCAUUCUCUGCUUCGCUGCUUCUACCUUCCCACAGUACAUCAAGGCCUGCAAGACAGGCAACAUGGACCAGGCUCUGUCAGUGUGGUUCCUCCUGGGCUGGAUUGGCGGAGACUCCUGCAACCUCAUUGGUUCCUUCCUUGCUGACCAGCUGCCCCUACAGAGCUACACAGCUGUGUACUAUGUCCUGGCUGACCUGGUAAUGCUGACACUCUACUUCCACUACAAGUUUAAGAAACGCCCCUCUCUGUUGUCUGCCCCCAUCAAUUCCGUGCUCUUGUUCAUCUCUGGGACCGUGUGUAUCACACCACUGCUGAGCAGCACUGGCCCUGUGGCUGCCCCUAGGGAAGCCUUCCAGGGGCGGAUGCUCCUGUCCGUGGAGCCCGGCAAUAAGCCCUUUACAAAGCAGGAGAUCAUUGGCUUCGUUGUUGGUUCUGUGUCCAGUGUGCUGUACCUGCUCUCGAGGCUGCCACAGAUCCGCACCAAUUUUCUUCGGAAGUCAACCCAGGGAAUCUCUUAUUCACUGUUCGCGUUGGUAAUGCUGGGGAAUGCACUGUACGGGCUGAGUGUGCUGCUCAAAAACCCCGAGGUGGGCCAGAGUGAGGGCAGCUACAUGCUGCACCACCUGCCCUGGCUCGUGGGCAGCCUGGGUGUGCUGCUGCUUGACACCAUUAUCUCCAUCCAGUUCCUGGUGUACAGGGACGUCAUAGAAGCUGCCUCCCUGGAGCGCGAGCCCCUCCUGUCCAGCUGCGCAGGGCCAGAAUGAGCCCAGGACUACGGAGACUUCCAGAUUCCAAGCCCAGAAGGAGAGAUGCGGGCAGUGACAUUGCCCAGCUGCCCCACCCCUGGUGCUUCUGACCCCUCCAGAUGGAUUGACUCUCCCAGAAGUAAGACAGCCCCGGGGCUGGCCCGCCCAGCAAACACUUCCCGGUCAAAGGCAGCUGCUCUAACCUCGGAGACGCCCACCUACCUCAUUCUGCCUGUGUAGGCCUGGGGGCCACGCCACCCAGGACUGUCUUGAGGACUGAUAUAAUCUAGUAAACGUACCUUCCAGCGAG